ACUUUCUUUGCAACUAUUUCUCUAUUAAAGAACAAUCUAAUCCACAUAAAUAACGGCGCUCGAAGAUGAACACAGCUCUGCAGUGUCAAUUUCCCGCAAAUUUCUGCACGGAUUACGGCAAUAGGUUGCUGAAAUGCAACUCUUUCAGUAAAAGGGCUUCUUUCAUCCGUCGCUGCAUAAAAAAUGAGACAAAAUCACAACCCCAUCAGGGUUUCUCAGUUCUCACAACAGAUCCUCAACCUCAACUUGAUAUUGGAAGUAUAUGGAGCUCUAUGGGUUUUUAUGUGUUCAGCAUUCACGUCCCGUUGAGUUUUGGCGGUCUUUCUGCUGCUGCAAAGAUAUUGCAUCAACCCAUCCUCGAUCCACAGACUGAGGCAUUCUUUAUCUUCGCAAUCCAAACCUUAGAGCUUAGCAUUGUUUUGCUGCUGCUAAAGUGCCCCGGUAAGCCUCAGUAUGACCUUACAGAUUUCUUUCGUGCCAAUAAGUCUUCAAAACAACGAAGCUGGCUGCUGGCAUCAGUGCUCGGGCUUGGAAUCCUUCUGUCAUUGGUCUUUAUCACUUCGUAUUUUGCUGAGAGAUUGAUUGGACCCAAGGAUGUGAACAAUCCAUUUGUCAAGGAUAUUCUCACCAGCGGCUGGAGUUCUGCAACCGCCUGCAUUCUUGUCUACUCCAUCAUCACUCCGUUGCUGGAAGAAGUCGUGUACAGAGGUUUUCUCUUGACAUCUCUUGCCUCCACAAUGAACUGGCAGCUAGCGGUUGCAAUCAGUUCCGUUGUUUUCAGUGCAUCCCACUUCUCCGGUGAUAACUUCUUGCAACUCCUCAUUGUUGGAUUGGUGCUCGGAUGCUCUUACUGUUGGACGGGGAACUUGAGUGCAUCGAUAUGCAUACAUUCUCUGUACAACGCCCUGAUAAUGUAUCUAACAUUUAUAUCAUGAACAAUGUUUCCAAAUCCGUUUUGCUCUUCAAUCUGUAGAUCUUGUUUCGGUAGUGUGAUUAAAAUUUUGACGUGUUA